CCCUUUAAGACUAAAAUGGUGGCCUGCUACGAUCUGGACUCCACUUCCGGUGGGGAGGGGGGCGGGACCCCAGCCCGCUCACGCCGGAAGUGGUUUGCGUUUUCAAGAUGGCGACUCCCUAUGUAACUGACGAGACCGGCGGCAAGUACAUCGCCUCAACACAGCGACCUGACGGGACCUGGCGCAAGCAGCGGAGGGUGAAAGAAGGCUAUGUGCCCCAGGAGGAGGUCCCAGUGUAUGAGAACAAGUACGUGAAGUUUUUCAAGAGUAAACCAGAACUGCCCCCGGGGCUGAGCCCCGAGGCCACUGUGCCUGUCACCCCAUCCAGACCUGAAGGUGGUGAACCAGGUCUCUCCAAGACAGCCAAACGCAACCUGAAGCGGAAGGAGAAAAGGCGGCAGCAGCAAGAGAAAGGGGAGGCAGAGGCCUUGAGCCGGACUCUCGAUAAGGUGUCCCUGGGAGAGACAGCCCAAGUCCCCAGUGCUCCACAGGGCUCCCGGGCAGCCCCUACAGCUGCCUCUGACCAGCCUGACUCCACUGCCACCACCGAAAAGGCCAAGAAGAUAAAGAAUCUAAAGAAGAAGCUUCGGCAGGUGGAAGAGCUGCAGCAACGGAUCCAGGCUGGGGAAAUCAGCCAGCCCAGCAAAGAGCAGUUGGAGAAGCUAGCAAGGAGGAGAGCGCUGGAGGAGGAGCUGGAGGACUUGGAGCUAGGCCUGUGAGGCCUUUGGGGAAUAGGGAAUGGACUGCAGGACAAACCAUGGGGCUCUCUGGGGUCCUGGGGAAUGUGGGCAGCAGCAGUCAGGAGGGGUACCCCUCCAUCCUGGCUCACUUCCACCUCUCGUGGCCCAACUCUGUGCUCCAGAGCCUAGCCUCUCCCUCAUUCCUUCCCUGUUUUUCCCAACUCCUAUUUUUUGGACUUUUCCCCCUCCCGUUCCCAGUGUUCAGAGUCUCAGUGACUACCCCAGGUACUUUUGCUGCUGAUUUGGGUGUCUCGUUUAAAAGAAGACCACAUGGGUGGAAAUCCGUUGGAGAACUGAGCUUGAGGGUCGGGGAGUACGCCCAAGUCUCGGAGUCUGGGUUCCUGCUCACAGUGUUUAAGGGUUAUUGCCCCCUCCAUCCCUCACCUCCCUUCUUUUUUUUUUUUUUUUUUUUU